AGACAGGCGCUUCCUUCCAGCAGCAGCAGAGCAGACGAUUAAAGCUUUGGAAUAGUUGUGUAACGACGCGCGUGAAGUUUUAAGAUACCGAGCUUCUAUUAUUUUCUCUUAUUAGAAGCUGGUUUUUCUUUCAGAUGCAGUAUAUUCGGUGACAGUUUCUGGUGUAUUAACAACGACAGAUUAAAACAAUGGAGAAGGGGCAAAGCCGCCUCCGUCAGGCCCAGCAGGAUGUGGAGGAUAUCAAAGUUAUCAUGCUGGACAACAUAGACAAGGCUGGCGAGCGUGCAGGAAAACUCGGGGAGCUUGAGGACAGAGCUGAUAAACUCCUUGUAAAGAGCGAACAAUUCUCAAAGACCUCGACUAAGGUGAAACAGAAGAAGCGCUGGGAGAAUAUUAAGUACAAAGUGAUAAUAGCAGCAGUUGUAGCUGCAGUGUUGCUCGGCAUUAUUGUGGCUGUGGCUGUGAGCUUAAGCAGAGAGGACAGUAAAAACACACCUGAAGACACGUCGGCAGCACAAGCACCAGGAGAUGGCUAGAAGAUAAGCAGGCAGAUAAGAAGAUGAGUGAACAUAAGUUGUGUUUGAAAUUCCUCAGAAUACCCCCUUGAAAAUCUUGCUUCUAGUACUUUUGUUAAAGUAAAGAAGAGGGAAGUUUCAUAGAUCGAUGAAUGUACAAACUAAAUCUGUGAUGCUACUUUUUAUCAAGGAGAGGCUAAAAAAUAAUGUGGGUAUUAAAAAUGGUACCAUGGUGUCACUAUAAUUUAUGCUUUAAUUUUUCAAUGGUAACACACAUAGUAUGUGACAUUAAUGGUAACAGUUUACAUGCCUUCUUUUUGGACUAAACAUAUUUUAGCCAUAAAUUAGAUAAAUCAGUGCCAAAUGCGGGUUAAAGUGUAGCAGGGAAAAUAUGUUAGACGGAGUAGACUUUGUCAGGGAGUAGAGCAUUGUUUCUUAAUCUUUUUCUUCAAAGAAAAAACUUUCUUCUAUCUGUUUUUCAUCAGUGAAAAGUGUGUGUGACGAUCUCAAAAAUUUCCUGUGUUUGGGUUUUUCUUAAAUUAGUUACAGAAAGGCCUGUUUCCCAGCCUUGGUUCCCACAGCAGUGCAUAUUUUGGAUGUCUGCCUUAUAGGGCAGACCCAUUUCAGGUCUUGGGGUCUCUACUAAUGAGCUGAUGAGUUUAAUCAGAUCUGUUUGAUUAUGGAGACAUACAAAAUGUGCAUUGUUGGGAGUAAUCCAGAUCCUGAUUUGGGACACAUAUUCUGUGACUUUGGUAGGUUUGUGCCAAAACUUAUCUAAAGGUUUUAAAAUGUAUUUCAUAUUAUUAUGAUAAUUAUUAUGACUGUAACCACCAUAGAAACUGAAGAGGGCAUAUUCCCUCAGAAUUCAUAUUUGAGGGGAUUAUGUCUGUGAAUUUUUCCAAUAUUCUUUUUCUUAAAAUGUUAUAUUUUGGUCCCCCUUAAUCUUGAAUAAUUCCAUCCUUAGCCAUUACGAUGUAAAAGCAGAUUACUGUAAAGGUAGUCAUAACUUGAUAUAAACAAUCCAAAUUUUGCUGCUAAAAACAGCUUUCUAUGUAUAUGUGUGUGUGUGUAUAAAUAUAAAUGUUCCUUAUGUAAA